AUGCCAUGCCAAAGUUCUUCAUCUUCAGUUCAUGACCUGCACAUUCAUACAAAAAAAAUCCAAGUCAAUACAAACAAUCAUGCUGUUAAACAUUAUAAAAAGACCGGCUACCCACUUGCUGUAAAGCUUGGGACUAUUACUGCUGAUCUGGAAGCAGCAGAUGUUUUCUCUUAUCCGGAGGAUGAGAAUGUACCUGAUGAAACAGAACUAGUGGAUGAUGAUGGACAAAAUAAAUCUCUUUUGAUGAAGACAAAUGGAUAUCUUGUGAAGGAGCCCGAACAAAUCUCUCCUGGUGGGAUAAGUGAAGUGUCUUCUGAGCAUCUCAAGGUACCUGAUGAAACAGAACUAGCGGAUGAUGAUGGACAAAACGAAAGAGAAGGCAGCCUAGACUGCUCCUGUUCUGAUGACGCGGCCAGUGAGGUUGAUGAUUAUAUGGAUGCAUUAGCUACCAUAGACUCUGAGUUGGAAAUAGACAAUGAGUGUGGACCUAAGAAAAGCUUCUUGAAUGUUCAAAAGGUAAUUGAUUCAAAUGGUGAAGAAGAACACCAGCUGCAAGCUCCAUUUUCAGAUUCUCAAUCAUUUGGAGACUCGUCAUUAUCUGAGGAAAUGAGUUCAUUUGAACAAGAUAGAAGUGAAGAGAAUAAUGAAGUGCAAGCUCAGCUGCCAGACUCUCGGUCAGCAGGAACCCCCUGUGCAUCAGAUGAUGAUAAUCAUUCAUUCAGAAAAGGUAGAACUGAAGAACAUACUCAACUGCAAGCCCGGUUAUCAUAUUUUCAAUCUAUUGGAAAUUCCUCACCAGAAACUAAAAACAUGCCUUCCGACCAGCUUUCACAAGCUGUUGAAUUGCAAAAAAAUUAUGAUGAGUUUGUCACACAUGAUGAUGCACACGAUCUUAGGCGAGAAAUAUCUGAUUCUGGACCAGUUUCUUCUGGUUCAUGUCCCGUGGAUUCAGAAUGUUUACUAUUGUCUUCAGAUCAUGGAGCUACAGAUACCUCACUAGUGUCCUUACCCACAAGGACUCUAUCAGAUAACACACCAGAUGUUCUUGUUGAACAUUUAAGAUUAGAAGAUGAUGAAGACACCAUCUACCCAAUAAAAGAUAAUACUCUCCCAGUUGUUGAUUUUGACAACAAUUCUUUGAACUUGGAUGUCUGCAAUCCUCAUGUCCAUUCCCAUACUCUGUUACAAGUUUCCAAUGAUUUAAAUUUAGCCCAUGAAGGCGAAUGUGGUGGUCAUUCUGACAUCGAAGUGAUGCAGGAAGAAUCUCUUAAUGAGUACUGUUCUGAACUAUCAGUUGUUGGAGACAUUGGUUCACGAGGGGAGGAUCCCAUUUGUCUGCCCAUGGAAUUAGACCUUAAUUCGGGCACUAAACUGCAGCUUGACGACUGGGACUUACAAUCUAAUAGUGAUGUUAAAGCAAUGCAACUUGACUCAGAAGAUUUGUUUCCUGUUGUGGAGACUACCAUAGAGAAUAGCUUUGCAGAGGAACUAUUUUCUGAAUUUAUACACGGAAAUCCUCAAGAUGAACCAGAUUCGAUAGAAGUUAAAACUCUUUAUCCUGAUCAGCUUUCAAAUUUAGAAGAGGUACCAGAGAUAAUGUCUAGAAAUGAAAGAAUUGAAUCCACCUGCAGUUUGGAUCAAGUUGAAGAUGAUGAUCUUGUUAAACAUCCACCUCCCCCUAAUUACAUACUGCAGAUUGAUGAUAUCAUGGUAAAUGAUAUAUUCCCUGUAAAAGUUCUGUCCAAAGAUCUGGUUGUAUCUGCUAUUCCUUCUCUUGAUAACGCUGAAACUGAUACAAGUAUUGUUAAUUGUCAAGCUUCAAAUUCUAUUUUUUCCCCAUCAAUGAAUCCUUCAAAUUUACUUGAAUCUUUCCCAGCUUCUCCAGAUUCCAAUAGGAUGGAAAUGGGAUCCAAUGAGGUAGAGUUGACAAAAUUUUCCACAGACUUGAAUGUAGAGAAGAGGGAAAAUCAACUGGAACCAUUUGCAUAUAUAACAUCCCCUCUAACAGAUUUUCCAGCUCAUCUCUUAACUACCGUAACACAACUUCCUCUAACAGCCUAA